GACUCACUAUGGUUGACCCAAUCACUAUAUGCAACAUUGCAUAUUACACUGAAGCCUUACAGCCUUACACGAUCUUCUAUUUACGCAAUAUUAUCUGUCAAUGCAAGCUGUAGCUUUAAUUGGUGUUAGGGUGAAUGGUAUAGAUAAAUGUAGUGAGUGAAAAGUGUAUUGCAUGAUUCUAACGCGUUGAUUGUUCGUUUGAAGUUACUGCCCCGUAAGGUGAUACAGGUCAAGGCAUAAUGUUGGAUUAUAGUGAUGAAUUAGAAUUACAAAAAGAAGCAGACGAAGUGGAACAAUUUGCCAUGACUUCCUUAGGAAAACUAAUAUUUGUAGAUUUACAUUGUAGACACCCAAAGUCUUUAUCUUCAGAUAAACCAUCUGUAGACGUUGUUGAUUCCUUAUCACUUGCUUUUGAGAACCUUUUUUAUAUGCCAUUUGACAUUAUAGAAAAUUAUGGUAAUACUCUACGUACAUUGGAUAUUAGCCAUAAUAAGUUUAGUAGAAACUUACAAUUUUUGGCUGAAUUUGAAAAUAUAACAUCUUUAAACUUAGACCAUAAUGAGAUAGAUGACCAUACUGUAUUUCCAUGUAUGCCAAAACUUCAACUUCUGUGGUUAAAUAAUAAUAGUGUAGAGGAAUUGUAUCCAUUUAUUAAGAAUCUCUAUGAGAGUGUACCCAACCUCAGAUAUUUGUGCCUUAUGGGUAAUAAGGCAGCACCAAGUUAUUUAAAUGGUGGAACAUUUUAUGAUUAUCUUCAAUACAGGUUAUAUGUUAUAUCUUGGUUCCCUAAUUUGGUACAUCUGGAUGACAGAACAGUGACUUCAGAACAACGUCAGGAAGCAAAGAGGCUUUUUAAGAGACCAUUGUUAGAAAAUUUAACUGAACAUACUCCUCUCCCAGAAUGCAUUAAGCAUUUGCACAAUAAAAUUACAAACAUAUUUUCAAAACCUACACUGCCUUAUAAAUCAAAAUCAAGGGGAACAAAUUUUGUUAUUUAAUACAGUAUUAAAUUAUUAAUACGAUCUUGCUUUCAAACAAUUUACUUUUGUGAAAGUAGGAGAUACAUAUCUUUGUUUUGCAUACACACAAAUACACAGAAACAACCACAUGGGGCAGUAACAAAAUAUGUAUGUGUGCUAUGUAGUUUAACAUAUCCA